AUCUCAUUAUAUAAACUGGGGUUUUUAUUUAAAGUCCAGCGGUUUAAAGGAGAAAGAAGGAGCAUUUUCUCACAUAUUUAAUGUGCAUGUGGAUUUAUUUUACAGCCGAUGAUCAGUGGUAAUAAUUAGUGUUGUAGACUGAUUUUGGGAUGCAGGCUCCAUCCCUCCCCCCUUCCAGAGGACAAAGACUAAAAUGGGUCAGACUCUGGAGAGGAGCAGAUCUUCCGCACCAGCCAUCGUGUAAUGUAGUUCAUCACCAUCCCGGAUUCACAGAAACCAGAAGCUGCAGACAGGAAUCAUCUGGUUUUAAUACAGAAAAGCUCCGACAUGUUGUUUUUAUUCCCUAAAUGUGACCGAGGCUGAGGAUUGAAAGCAGAAAAACACCGACUCAUCCGGAGGAUUUCUGAAUCGUGCCACCAGCUUUUUAUUCUUUUAUUUUUUUAUUUUCUUCUAAUCAACAUGUCCUCUCGGGAUGGGUGAAGCUCCUUGUUCUCUGACUGGGACUGAACUGGUUUGACUCAGAUCGUCGCUGGUGUGUUUCCAGUUUCCAGUCCAACACCGACUCAUCAGGCUGAAGACAGACCGACGGGUGGAUGAUGGAUGCGGCGCCGAGUUAAUCUGCGUCCUCGGUGAACAGAAAGGAGACGGGAUAAAGUCCUGCUCUGUGGACUGUGGACCCAAAGAGCUGCUGAGCAUCUGAUGGAGGACUGUUCACACCGUCGGCCCGAUCUGGAACUGAGGGGCAGUAAACAGAGGUUGAUUCGUGUGGAUCUCUGCUCUCCUCCUGUGGACACUGAGGCGUUUCUGAUCAGGGAGUAUUGAUCUGCUGCAGCCAUGUUUCCUCCAGAGUCCGGUCGACCCUCCCCGUGGACGCUCCGGCUGCUCGUCUCCACCGCCGCUGUCAUGAUAAUGCUGGUGUCGGGUCCCGUGUCGGCCGUGGAACCAGAGACCUGUUUCUCCAGACAGCACCAGAGCGCCAUCGUCAACGUCAGACAGGCCUUAAACAGACCGUCCACAGCCAUGGACGCUCGGGUGGUCCGGUCCGAGAGGGACUGCGUCCUCGCCUGCUGCUCAGAGGAAGUCAAACUAGGUGCCAAGUGCAACAUGGCCGUGUUCAACGCCAACAAACACGCCGGUGAUGAUAACUGCUUCCUGUUCCACUGUCAGACAGAGCAGGACUGUCCGUUAAUGAAGGCUCAGGACGGCAUCAACACCUACGACAUCUACAAAGGCUUGAUUCAUCCAACCACAGUGAGACCUGCCACCACUACAACCAUCACAACCACAACCACAGAGGAAACCACCACCACCUCCACCACACUGGCACCAACCACACCUACAGCCACUACUACAACCACAACUACCACACAAAGUCCAACAACACCACCAACUACCACAACAACCACCACCACACAGCCCACCACCACCACCACAACCACAACCACAACCUCACUGCCAACCACAACCACAACAACCACACAAGAACCAGCCACCACGACAGAACCUCCACCCAUCAUCAUCAUUGCCACGAUGCCUGCAAUAACUCCAUCACCCACAACUACCACCACAACAACAACAACAACAGCACCACCAACAACAACAGCAGCACCUUCUACUACAACCAUUAGCAUGACGACGAGAAAGCCAAACAAAACCAGCAAAAAGCAAAAUAAAACCACCAAGAAAGGAAAACUUCAUCCUGUCAGCACCACCACCACCACCACCGUCCAACCAACCACGACUUCACUUCCUGUUGUGACAGUGGGAAAAGAGGCUGAACACAGAACUACUGACAAACCACAGCCAAGUCCUGAAACUACUACAACCACUAGUACUCCCACUACGACUACCACCACGACUACUACAACUACUCCUACAACUACUACCACCACCACCACCCCUACUACUGUUCCUACCACUACCACUACUACGCCUCUUCCUACCACCACCACCACCACUACUACUACUACUACAACCACUACAACCACCACAACCACCACCACCACCACCACUGAACCAUCCACCACCAGGACAACUCCAGCAGCAAGUCUGGUCAUCAUCCCCAAAGAUGCCAUCCAGUCCGACCACGCCCUCCAGAACUCCAGCAUCGGUCGGGGCAAAGCCGUAGCAGCUCGGGGGGCCGUGAAGAGCGGUGUGGUGGCGUUCAUGGUGCUGGGGCUCGCUGUGCUCACACUGGCUCUGGCUGUCGGCGGACGAAAGGCGAUGGAGUCCUUCGACAGACGGCAUUACACAAGACUGGAGCUCAAUGACCUGCACUAUGAGGUGUGAGGUGGGAAAAAUUCUUCACAGGUCUUUGAUUCUCAAGACGGAAGCUCAGAGGGACAAUUAGCAAGACUUAAGGAGUUCAUUUAAUAUUGUUCAUCUGAUACAUGUUCAUUUCUUAUCAGCACAAAGCUACACAAUAAUGGAAUGUCUGCUUCACUUUGUCACACCAUGACCACAAUCCUGGACUCUAAUUGCUCAGAGGAUGUGCAUUAUUUUGACAUAACCACACAGCUCUGACACAGUGUCUUCAGUUUAUUUCAAUAGUUGUGUUUAUUGGCCUGGAAUAUGAGUAAACAAGGCUCAGAUCUUCGGAAAUGGUCGAGGUGGAAGAAGGACUCAGACCUGUGCAGUUAUUCAGAAUGAUGCACUCGUCUUCCAUCUUCCAUUACAGGACCUUCUUAAGGGACCAGUGUGCAGGAUUUAAGGGAAUCACCUGACACUAAGAAUCGUUGUGUGUACAUUAGCUUAGCGACAGCUACAGAGGACGCAUGUUUCUACUGUAGCCCAGGGCAGACAAACCAAACCCUGGUUCUAGAGAGGGCUGUUCCUGUUUUUAUGUUCCCUAAAGGCCACCGUAGUUUCUCCUUGGAAAGGGAGGAGUGAGGGGAGGGGUAUUCAGUGGGUUGCGGUCUGUAAUCUCACCACUAGGUGUCACUAAAUCCGACACACUCGUCCUUUAAGCUAAAAUAAACCACUUAAUAACCAAAUGGAUUUUCCGAUGAAAACAGGUUUUCUUAGCACAUAAAAAACUUUUGUUUUUGAGAUUCAUUAUUUCUCAUGGACAGCAACGACAUGUAACUUUGUAUCAAGAUAUCCGAAUGUAUUAUGAUACAGCAAAUUUAAAGACUGACUAGAAUGUCUGGUUUUGGCUCCAAAAAUAAAAAAGCAUCAUUACCAUGAUGCAAAAAUGAUACUGAAACUCCAAUAUUAUCAUAACUCAGUCCUGCUUAUUGGUUUACAACACUGCAGAGAGUGGGCGACCACCACCAGAGAUAAUAAAGAAAUAACAUUAUGGAAAAAUCUCUGAUGGCUGAUAAAUGAAUAUUGUUGCAUGAUAAAUGUUAUCAUAUCACUCACCCUUAUUUUUUCAUAAUAGUAAGGCUCAUUGUGUAGGAUCACUGUGUGUGUCUGACUCUGUUGGAAACUACAGUCGCAACUAUUUCAACAUUUCAACUAUUUCAUUUUGACUUUAUCCACAGACUUCUGGAGAAAACAGAUUUUUAUUUCUGAAUUUGGCUUUAAAGCAGAGAACAACCAAAACCACAGCCAGAGCCGAGAGUUAAUUUUUCAGAUUUUGGCGCAGGAUUAUGAUUUUUAAUCAGAAUUUGAACCAUAGUGUGAGAUUUCUGACUUUUUCUUAGAACUUUUACCUCUUUCCUGGGUUGUCAGAGCCUCAAAAGCCCUGAAAGGUUCUGGUUUUCUUAUCUUGUGUCCACAAAAUCAUUUUUUUUUCUUUUAAAUGUAGGUAUGUUCCCAAAUUUUAACCGUACCACUAAUGUUUGAAAUAUUACAUAUUUUCUAUCUGUAGAGCUAUAACUUUUUUUUAAGAAGACUGACUUUUCUCAAAAUUUUGAUUUCUGUUUCAUAAUUAUGUCUUUUUUUUCUUCAAUUUAAUUAUUGAAUUUCUUUAAUUUCUGAACUACACUGACCCUAACAGACACUGUUUUCUUCUCUGAGUUAUAGUUUUAUUUUGUACACAACAUUUUUGAGCCUCUUUCAGGAAGUUUGAUCUUCAAACUCUAGACUUUUCUCAUCACUCUGACUCUCUGGUUUUAAUCACAUGUGUGUUUUAUUGCUGUCUUUUCUUAUUUUGCUUUAAAGCCAAGUUUUGACCAGAGAGUAGAAUAUAAAAGUCAUUACUGUCAUCACCUGGUGAAAUGAUUCCUUCACCUUAUUUCUUGUCCUGUUGACUGUAGAGAAACUUCAGCUGGCGAAGGAACACAAAGAACAAACAGCAAUAUUUUUACUCCCCAAAACUCAGGAAGCCUCUGAAGUCGAGCUAACGUAGAGAAACACUGGAUUGUAUGAGCGGACACGGAUAUGUACAUUCGGCCUUCUGGUUUCGAGGCCUUUUUUGUGCCAUGGGGUUCAUGAACCCUUUGUGUAUAAGAUGUACACCUGCAUGUCUUUUUACUUCCACAUGCUUCAGCCAUAUGAGCCUGUGAUUGCUUCUUAAAUCACCAACUCAGUCUAGAUGUCGGACUUACUCUCACUGUGUUGUUUUUGUAUUUUAUCCACGUUUUUCUUGUUUCACAUACGGAUCAAAAUGUAAAACGAUCGAUGCAAUCCUUUGAAAAUUGAUGCACUAUUGUAUCCUGCGGUUUUUGAUAAAUGUGAUUUGCUUCUUUUUAAAUAUUAGAUUGUUUUUCAUAGGUAAGAGUACACUGGCCGCGCACUAUUUUCCUAUAAGUAAAUUUGUAUUGGAUGUCAGUGUAUUUUGGAGGUGGGGGUGCAGACUGAGUGACGCUGCUGCAGCAUCAGUUCACCACCAGGUGGCAGCAGCAGCUCGAUGAACCCACUGCAUACACUGAACUGAUGACGCCUGAAGCUGCACUGUUGACUUGUUUUCACUUCUAUUGCUUUGAUUUUUACUCUGUCUUAUUAAUUCCUUGGAUGGUAAUAGUUUGGUCUUGUUUUGUGAAGUGAUGCUUUUGCAUAAGUUUGGAAUUUGAUGUUUUGUUCUUGUAAGGAUUAAAAAAAUGUGAUUUUUGAA